GUGAGCGGCGCCGUCGCGCGGGUUUCCUUUUCCCUCAACCCUGCGGCCGCCGAGGUGUGAGGCGCGCGAUGCUGGCGACGCUGGCGAGGGCAGCGGCCCUGUGGAGAACUAGCUUCCUCUCCGGCUGGGGCGGCGGGAGGGGGCUGUGGACAGGCCGCCCGCAGUCAGACACUGACAAUGUGAAGCCAUUGGAAGGUGUAAAAAUUCUGGAUCUAACAAGGGUACUGGCGGGACCUUUUGCUACUAUGAAUUUAGGAGAUCUUGGAGCAGAAGUUAUAAAAGUGGAAAGACCAGGAAUUGGUGAUGACACACGAACUUGGGGGCCACCUUUUGUGGACACAGAAAGUACAUAUUUUCUCAGUGUUAAUAGAAAUAAAAAAAGCAUAGCUGUUAAUAUCAAAGAUCCACAAGGGGUGAAAAUCAUCAAAGAGCUUGCAGCUGUUUGUGAUGUAUUUGUGGAAAACUAUGUUCCUGGAAAACUGUCCGCAAUGGGCCUGGGCUAUGAAGAUGUAGACAAGAUUGCUCCUCAUAUUGUGUACUGUUCUAUCACAGGCUAUGGCCAGACAGGACCCAUGUCUCAGCGAGCUGGUUACGAUGCUGUUGCCUCUGCUAUUUCUGGUCUGAUGCAUAUCACAGGCCCUGAGGAUGGAGAUCCAGUUCGUCCAGGAGUGGCUAUGACUGAUCUGGCUACUGGCCUGUAUGCUUACGGAGCCAUCAUGGCCGGACUGAUACAGAGAUACAGAACUGGAAGAGGACUGUUCAUCGAUUGUAAUCUGCUAUCUUCUCAGGUGGCAUGUUUGACCCAGAUAGCUGCUAAUUAUCUUAUUGGCCAAAAGGAAGCCAAACGCUGGGGUACAGCUCACGGCAGUAUUGUCCCUUACCAGGCCUUUAAAACCAAGGAUGGCUAUCUUGUAGUUGGAGCAGGAAAUAACCAACAGUUUGCCACAGUGUGCAAGAUCUUGAAUUUGCCUGAGUUGAUUGAUGACUCCAAAUAUAAAACCAACCAUCUUCGGGUACAAAAUAGAAAAGAACUUAUAAAAAUACUAUCUGCACGGUUUGCAGAAGAAAUAACCAAAAAGUGGUUAUGUCUUUUUGAAGGCAGUGGGAUCCCGUAUGGUCCAAUCAACAGUAUGAAGGAAAUAUUUGCAGAACCCCAGGUGUUACACAACGGCCUCAUUAUGGAAAUGGAGCAUCCAACUGUGGGGAAGAUUUCAGUCCCAGGCCCGGCUGUGAGAUACAGUAAGUUCCUGAUGUCAGAGGCAGUGGCCCCCCCACUGCUCGGGCAGCACACAACUCACAUCCUGAAGGAAAUCCUCCAAUAUGAUGACAAGGCCAUCAGGGAUCUGCUCAGUGCUGGAGUGGUGGCCCAACAUGAAGCCGUGUGACCAAGGAAACCAGGAUCCGAAUGUCCUUUGCUGACAAAGACAAUACUCUAUCUAGAUCCUUUUCCCCAAGUCUAAUGCCACUGAGAAUCAGAUAGAAUCCCUCUUGAUAUCAUGCCUGCCAUCUCUCUGGGAGGAUCCUGGAAUGAGUGAAUAUAGAGCCCUUCAAGUGUAUGUCAUUUUUUCAUUCACAACCAUUUUGUUUUCGGAAUACAGGUUUAAUUGUAGGUUGGUGAAAUUUUUGAUAAAGAUUUAAUUCUUUUGUUCUCAACCCCCAAAGAAUCAGUAAGCAUAAAUAAUGGAUAUAUUAAUUAGCUUAAUUUGGUCCUCCUAUAGUGUAUACAUGUGUGGAAACCUCACAUCACAUCCCACAGAAUGUACAGAUGGGAAAGAUUGAUGGAAGAAGGGAUUUUGACCAGGAAACAUGGACACAUAAACGGACACGUCAAAUCGAACCCCCCUUGUACAGCCAUGUGAAGUUCAGAAAAUUAAAAUAAUAAUAAAUUUUCUCUAAAAGGUUUUUUUUUUUUGUUUUUCUGGAAAAAUACACUCCUCAUCCUAAUUACCUUACUGGCCUAAAUAUUUGCCUGUUCCACCCACACAUCACUGAAAAAGAGCAGAUCUCUUAAUGUGUUCUACUUGUACAAAAAGAACUCAUUUAAAUCUCUGUUAGGAAGUCAAAGCAAUAAGCAGAAUGACAAUCUGUGAUGGAUUUUAAAUGGAAUACCAUAAUUUUGAGCUUAUGAACCCUCCCUUAAGCUGUAAUGUAAGCCACGGACUUGUUGAUGUUCUUUAAAAAGCUGAGCUCCAGUCUCUCCCUCUUGGGAGUAUUUGCUUUGUUAUAUGUUUCUGGUGAUUUCCUCAUAUGUGGCAGAAAAUUAAUGUCUCCCAGUGUUUUUAGGUGUAAGUAUCUGCAUAAAUAGACAAGAAGUGUUCAUCAGCAGAUACCUUAUUUUGAGCCACAUCCACAUGAAGCAGAUUUUUUGAAUGAAGAUUAGAGAAGUCUUUGGGUAUUAAAUAAUAUGUAAACAAUGCCAAGCAGAAGAAAGGUCGGAAAACAUUUCUUGGCCACGUGAGCAUCCACUGUAGACCACCCUGUCAUGCCUCUCUAUUUUAAUUUGUCAUAAGCUUCAAAGACUACAAAAAAUAGCUUUUAUCUGGAAGGUGAAAGUUGAUGAGUUUAAAUUUUUACUCAAACUGUGCAGCCUAGGUAUAGACCAAGGAAUGAGAGGCCCCUCCCUGAGAGUCCUUAUGUCACCUAACAGGACCUGUUAGGAAUACCUUAAAGCUGUAUCAUUGCAUACAGAGGGUGAUUGAAAUUGAAAUUACAGAUGUCUGCCUCUCAAACUGUGACUUACAGCUAGUUUUCGUCCUGUGUUCUUUCCAACUACAAUGGUUUGAGUCAUUUAUCCAUGCUGUAUGGACCCAAGUGUUUCCAGAAUCUAGGAUUCCAAAUAAAUUAAAAGAAAAAAGCUUGUCUUCUGA